UCAGUGCUUUGUCAACCUUGUUCUGCAAUUGUUCAGAAAUAAUGCAAUUUGUAAAAGGUCUUCUAAUAGCAUUAGUGCUUCAGCUCCUUCUUCUGCAGCUCUGCUCUUCUUUGGACACCAUCAGUUUUGAUCAAUCUAUCAGAGAUGGUGAUUUCCUGGUGUCUAAGAAUGAGACCUUUGUGCUUGGUUUCUUCAGUCCUGGCACAUCUAGCAACCGCUAUGUCGGAAUUUGGUACAACUUCUCAGAGGACAAGGUUUUGUGGGUAGCUAACAGAGACAACCCUCUCAAUGAUACCUCUGGAGUUCUCUCAAUCAACACUGAUGGAAAUCUCAUACUAGCUCAUGGUAAUAGCAGUCAAGGCCUUCCUCUGUGGUCAACAAAUGUUUCCGUCCCAUCAUCAGGUAACAACAAUAUUGUAGCACAGCUCCUGGAUUCAGGAAAUUUUGUUUUGGUUCAACAAGACAACCAGAAUGUCUUAUGGCAAAGCUCUGAUCAUCCUACACAUGCUCUUCUCUCAAGUAUGAAACUUGGAUUGGACAAAAAAAGCGGUAUCAACCGGUUCCUCACAUCUUGGAACUCGAACAAUGAUCCUGGAACUGGGAAUUGUUCAUUACGAAUGGACACAAAUGGCUCACCACAGUUGAUCUUGUACAAGAAUCAAGCUAAGUGGUGGAGGUCAGGUCAAUGGAAUGGGAUUCAAUGGGGUGGCAUACCGGCUGAGAGCGGCAACAAUGUGUUUAAGAUCAAUUUUGUGAACAACCAAGAUGAAAUUGCUGUUCAAUGGUCUGUUCUUGACCCUUCAAUUUACUCAGUGAUAACCAUAGAUGGGACAGGAUCACUCAACCAGCUUUCAUGGCAGGGGCAGCAGCACCAGUGGGUUACCCUUUGGUCAGCACCAUUGGAUGCUUGUGACAGCUAUGGCAAGUGUGGUCAAUUUGGUGAUUGCAAUCCUUACACUAACAGUGGGUUCAACUGCACAUGCUACCCUGGUUAUGAACCCAACUCGCCACAGGAUUGGGAUUUGAGAGAUGGGACGGGUGGGUGCAAGAGGCCUCAGGGGUCACCAUCCAUGUGUAGGAAUGGUGAAGGGUUUGUGAAGAUGGAAAAUGUUAAGGUUCCAGAUACUUCCACAAUAAAAUUGAACAGGAGUUUGAGUUUGGAAGCAUGUGGGGAAGAGUGCUUGAGAAACUGCUCUUGCUUGGCUUAUGCCAGUGCAGAUGUGAGGAAUGGAGGGAGUGGAUGCAUGGCAUGGUUUGGAGAUUUAAUGGAUACUAAGCAGUUCACAGAAGGGGGGCAAGAUUUGUACAUUCGUGCUGAUGCGCUUGUGUUAGCUCAGUAUACAAAGAAGUCAGGAGGAGGGUUCUCUGCCAAAGAUAGGAGACUGGCUAUUAUAUUAGGAGUGUCUAUUGCUGUUACAUCAUUGCUUAUCGUCGCUGCUUUAUGUUGGUUUAGGAAAAGGAGCAGGAAGGGGAGAGGAGGACAACCCGAAUUGCUGAAUGAUGCCAUUGCUGGUUCAAGAAGCCAUGAAGUUCUACUGAAGAAAAAUGAGGUUGAUGAACACAGAGGAAAAACGGAUUUACCUUUCUUUGAUCUAAGCACCAUAGUUGCAGCCACGGACAACUUCUCUUCUGCUAACUUGCUUGGACAUGGUGGCUUUGGCAUGGUGUAUAAGGGAUGCCUAGCUGAUGGACAGGAAAUAGCUGUCAAAAGAUUAUCAAGAAAUUCAGGACAAGGCGUCGAAGAAUUCAAGAAUGAAGUAAUGCUUAUAGCAAAACUCCAGCAUAGAAAUCUUGUGAGGCUUUUGGGUUGCUGCAUAGAUAAAGAAGAGAGGAUGCUAAUCUACGAGUACAUGCCAAACCGCAGCCUGGACUUGUGCAUUUUUGAUAAAAGCAGAAGGUCAUUGUUGGAUUGGAGAAAGCGGUUUCAAAUUAUCAUCGGAAUUGCUCGGGGCGUCCUAUAUCUUCAUCAAGAUUCAAGACUAAAAAUUAUCCAUAGGGAUUUGAAAGCAAGCAAUGUUUUACUGGAUGCCUCAAUGAACCCAAAAAUAUCAGAUUUCGGCAUGGCAAGAAUGUUCAGAGAUGACCAGAUUGAAGCAAACACAAACAGAGUUGUUGGCACAUAUGGUUACAUGUCACCAGAGUAUGCUAUGGAUGGGCUAUAUUCCACAAAAUCUGAUGUCUUUAGCUUUGGAGUCUUAGCACUAGAGAUCAUUAGUGGCAGGAAAAACAAUUUCCAUUUUGAAAAUUCCUCUCUGAAUUUGGUUGGACAAAUCUGGGACUUGUGGAUUGAAGGAAAAGCCUUGGACACGGUUGAUCCGUUGUUGAGUAGGUCAUAUUCUACUCAUGAAGUUAUGAGAUGCAUUCAAAUUGGGCUCUUGUGUGUGCAAGAAUAUGCAACAGAUAGGCCAACCAUGUUAGAUGUUGUAUUUAUGCUGGGGAAUGAAACUAGUCUUCCACCUCCUAAAAAGGCAGCAUUUAGUUUCAAAAAUAGUGGCCAGGAUUCUUCAACAUCUAGAGGAGCUUCUUCUGUAAAUGAUGUAACAGUCACAGUUAUUGAAGCUCGUUAAAUUUGUAGACUUUUCUAUUACUUUUAAACUUUUGUAUUCAAAUCGAGAAUUCUUUGUACAUGAAAGAUAUGAGGGAGGCUCAUUGUAUUUCCAAACAGAUCUUCCUGUAUUUCCA